AUGACUAAUACCAUCUAUCUCAUUACCGGUGCCAGCCGCGGCAUUGGCCGUGGUUUGGCCGAGAUAUUCCUCGCCCGCCCUAACACCAUCGUCAUCGCGGCCGUCCGCGACCCCGCCGACUCUAAGUCUUCCACCGACCCUACGGCUGCCGUUGAGACUCUCCAGAAGAAGCAUGGCAUUGACCACCUGGAUGUGGUAAUCGCCAACGCCGGCAUCAGCGAGGACUUCUCGACCGUGCACAGGUUGUCUGUCCCCGUGCUGCAAGGGCACGUCGAGGUCAAUGGCUACGGGCCCAUCUACCUCUACCAGGCGGUUUACCCGCUGCUCAAGAAAAGCACCAAGCCCACGUUUGUGGGAAUCGGCAGUCCGCUGGGCAGCAUCGGCGGCAUGGAGCAGCGCCCGUAUCCAUGUGCGGCUUACGGCCCCAGCAAGGCUAUUCUGCACUGGAUCGUGCGUAAGAUCUAUUUCGAGAACGAGGAGUUCGUGAGCUUCGUUACGGAUCCUGGCUUCGUCCAAACUGAUAUGGGCAAUGCUGGCGCCCAGGCUGCGGGCCUCGAGAAGGCCUUCCAGACGGUCGAGGAGAUCGUCGGCGGUAUCGUGAAGUCGAUCGACGAAGGGACCAGGGAGUCGGUUGGUGCGCAGCUGCGCGUGUGGGAUGGAUCCCAGUUUCCCUGGUAA